AUGGCUGCCUUGCCUUCUCCUACUCAGGUGGCAGGGACCCACAGCGCUAUAUACGAAGCAUAUUAUCACCAGGUGGACCCCAAUGGCGCAGGCACAAUCCAAGCAUUGGAUGCAGCUCGUUUUCUCAAAAAGUCCCGGCUCAGCGAUGUGGUACUUAGCAAGAUAUGGGACCUGUCCGACCCCACCGGCAAGGGGUACCUUGAUAAAGCAGGACUGUUCGUGGCGUUGAAGCUGGUGGCGCUGGCGCAGGCCGGCAAGGACAUCAACAUGAGCAACAUACACUCCGAGGCACCACCACCUAAAGUUGGCGAGCUCCCGAAGGUGCCGCCGAGCGUAGCGCCGGGGCGGCCGGCGGCGCCGUCGCCCGCGCCGCUGGUGCCGCUGAGCGACUGGAGCAUGAAGCCCGCCGAGCGAGACAAGUACAGCCAGCUCUUCGACUCGCUGCAGCCUAACAACGGACUCAUUGCCGGGAACAAGGUGAAAGGCAUGUUGUUGGAGUCGAAACUUCCAAUAGAUACGCUGGGCAAGAUCUGGGACCUCGCCGACCAGGACAAGGACGGCAUGCUCGACAGACACGAGUUCAUGGUGGCGAUGCACCUGGUGUACAAGGCGCUGGAGAAGCACGCGGUGCCGACGAGCCUGCCGCCCGAGCUGCGCGCGGGGGCGCGGCCGGCGCGGCCCCCCUCGCGCCCCCCGUCCCGGCCCCCCUCGCGGCCCCCGUCGCGCCCCCCGUCCCCUCAGUCCCGGCCCCCGCCCCCUCGCCCACAGCCCCCACCACCUCAACAGCCACAGUCUAAUGCUUCGUUGUUAGAGGGCCUACUCGACUUGUCUAGUCCUCCCACACAGACGGCGCCUUCGCUGACCAGCUUAGGCGCGAUGGGCAGCGGUGUGAGUCUGGGCAGCGUGGGCAGCGUCAACAGCGUGGGCAGCGCGGGCAGCGCGGGCGCGACGUGGGUGGUGACGGACGCCGAGCGCGCCGUGUUCGACGCGCAGUUCGCGGCCGCCGACACGGACCGGGACGGGUUCGUGUCCGGCGCAGAGAUCAAGCACGUGUUCCUCGACUCCGGCCUGCCGCAGCAGACGCUGGCGCACAUAUGGGCGCUGUGCGACACGGAGGGCGCGGGCAAGCUGUCGAGCGGGCAGUUCGCGCUGGCCAUGUGGCUGCUGGGCCGCGCCGCGCGGGGCACGCCGCCGCCCGCGCAGCUCGACCGCAACAUGCUGCCGCCGCCCGCGCUGCCCAAGCCAGAGCAGGCAGUGUCGCUGGGCCCGCAGCCGACGCCGGAGAUGGAGGCCAUCGCGCGCGAGGUGGACGCCCUGGCGCGCGAGCGGCUCGCGCUCGAGGCAGAGCUCGCCGCCAAGCAGAGGGACCUCACUGUCAAGACGGGGGAGGCUGACAGCUUGCAGAGCGAAUUGGACACAUUAACGGCAACAUUAAAACAGUUAGAAAAUCAAAAAGGUGAAGCACAAAAAAGAUUAAAUGACCUCAAAACACAGGUAGAGAAGUUGCGGUCGCAGGUGUCGGCGCAGGAGGCGGCGGCGGCCGAGACGGAGGCCGAGGUGGCCGGCCGGCGCGCCGCCGCGCAAACCCUGCGCGAGAAGGAGCGCGCGCUGCAAGCCGACGUGGCGGCCGCCGACGCAGAGGCCGAGGCACUCACCGCGCAACUGCGCCGCACCGUGCUCGCCGUCAGCCAGGCCAACAUAAAGAUCUCCCACCUGGAGGAGCAGCACCGCCUGAUCAGUUCGGCGGCGGAGGCGCUGGGCGCGGCGGGCGCGGGCGGCGCCGCCAGCCUGCAGGUACAGCCGCAGUUCUCCGCCGAGCACCUGGAGCGCGUCGUGCGCGGCGCCACGCCCAACGACGCCCUCGAAGAUGAGCCGUUCGCAAAAAGCAACGGUUUCGCGUCGGGCGCGGGGUUCGAGUCGGACCCGUUCACGGAGGGAGCCUUCCCCGCCGCACUGCCCGCGCACGACCCCUUCGCACCCACGCAAGCGAAGCACUCACAGGACGGCUUCGCCACGGAUCCGUUCGCAUCGAACGCUGACCCCUUUGCUGGCGAUGCGUUCUCUUCACACGACAAUACGGCUAAAGCUAAUAACGAUUUCUCGGAGGACCCGUUCGCAGUGCUGCACGCGCCGGCGCGGGGGUCGUCCCCCGCGCCCCCCGCCGCGACCCCCGCGCUGCCCCCCAAGCAGGGCAAGCUGCCCCCGCCGCGCCCCGCGCCGCCGCGCCCCACGCCACCCGCCAAGACCGACCGCCCCGCCAUGGACUUCGCCGAUGACCCCUUCAAGGACUACCGAUACGAGGACCCCUUCAACAUCGAGGACCCUUUCGCCGACGUCGCCGACGGCAAAAAGCCUGACCCCUUCGCCAGGCCCACUUCUGUCGCCGGCUUCGAAACUGACGACUUCUUUUCCGGCUCGAGCAAUGUUAAUGGCAAUUUUACUCUGCCUGAGAAGCGAAGCGGGCGAGUGUCUGCGCCGCCCGUAGCUUACGACCCAUUCUCCAGCCGCUCCGACUACAAGCCCCCCAAGCCCGCGCCCCCCGCCAGCACCAACAACAACUCCAGCGGUAGCGACGCCUGGGCGGCCUGGCCCAACGACAACUGGGCAACUGAUGAUGCUUGGGCCAAAGCACCCGCGCAAAAGUCCGACGCCUGGAGCUCCGACGACACCGCCAAGAGGAACACCAACACGGCCACCGGCGACUGGAAGACCGACAACUGGGCCAACAAGUCCGACAACUGGGCCGCCGAUUGGUCCGGCGCCGACUCCAACAGGAACCUCAACGAGACCUGGCCCGCCGCCAGCACGCUACCCUCCAAGAAGGAGAAGUCGCCGCGCCCCGUCAAGUACGCCAAGUCCCUCGUGCACACCAUCGGCGGCAUCGGCCGCAGCAAGCAGAAGGACAAGAAGAACAAGUCCAGCUCCUCGCUGCACAGCGUGGAGCUGCCCAGCGAGGAGCAGCAGUGGGCCUGGGCCGCGGCCGAGUCGCGCCGCCUGCAGGCCGAGCAAGACGCGCGCCGCGCCCGCGAACAGGCCGACCUGCAGCUGGCGCUGGCCCUGUCGCGCCAGGACCACUAG